AUGGAGCAGAAGAGCGGGCCGGACGGUGCACUGGAGGGUGAGCGGGAGGAGGGAGAGCCCGAGGUGAAGAAGCGGAGACUUCUGUGUGUGGAGUUUGCCUCGGUCGCGAGUUGCGACGCCGCCGUGGCUCAGUGCUACCUGGCCGAGAACGACUGGGAGAUGGAAAGAGCGCUGGACUCGUACUUCGAGCCGGCAGUGGGGGAGAGCACUUUAAAAAGCCAUCUUGAGACCGCCUCUGAGCCUGAGUCCUGUGUUGACCUAACCAAGGAAGAAACAAGCGAUUCCAUUAGUUCUAAAACCAGCACAUCUGAAAAUGUUCAGCAAGAAGAUGGCAGCAUGUUCUCUUUCAUUACCUGGAAUAUUGAUGGAUUGGACCUAAACAAUCUGCCAGAGAGGGCUCGAGGGGUGUGUUCCUAUUUAACUUUGUACAGCCCAGAUGUGGUAUUUCUACAGGAAGUUAUUCCCCCAUAUUCUGCCUUCCUAAAGAAGAAAGCAAGUAGUUAUGAGAUUAUUACAGGUCGUGAAGAAGGAUAUUUCACAGCUAUAAUGUUGAAGAAAUCGAGAUUGAAAUUUAAAAGCCAAGAGAUUAUUCCUUUUCCAAAUACAAAAAUGAUGAGAAACCUUUUGUGUGUGCAUGUGAGUGUGUCAGGAAAUGAACUUUGCCUUAUGACUUCUCAUUUGGAGAGCACCAGAGGGCAUGCUAAGGAACGAAUGAAUCAGUUGAAAAUGGUUUUAAAGAAAAUGCAAGAGGCUCCAGCGUCAGCUACAGUUAUAUUUGCAGGAGAUACAAAUUUAAGGGAUCACGAAGUUACCAAAUGUGGUGGUUUACCCAACAACAUUUUGGAUGUCUGGGAGUUUUUGGGCAACCCUAAGCAUUGCCAGUAUACGUGGGAUACACAGAUGAACUCUAAUCUUGGAAUAGCUGCUACUUGCAAGCUUCGUUUUGAUCGAAUAUUUUUUAGAGCAGCAGCAGAAGGCGGCCACAUUAUUCCCCGAAGUUUGGACCUCCUUGGGUUGGAAAAACUGGCCUGUGGUAGAUUUCCUAGUGAUCACUGGGGUCUUCUGUGCACCUUAGAUGUAAUAUUGUGA